AUGUAUUGUGGCGGCAAAGGGGACACUGGCAACUCCAUUGCACCUGUGCUACUGGACGCCGAUGAUAUCAUUAACGAUCCAGAAAUUGUCUGCCGACUUGCUAAGCUCCUGGGGCUAGAUGAGUCGAGUGUCCAAUACUCUUGGACUCCGAGGACAGAUAAAGACGCCUUCUAUCUGAAGAAGGCAUUCAUGCAAACGCUGAACGCUUCCAGUGGGGUUCAGAAGGAUAAAACAUCAGCGAGUUUGGACAUUGAGGAUGAGAUUAGGAAGUGGAAGGGAGAAUUUGGGGAGAGCCUUGGACAGUUGAUUGAGAACUGUGUGAGUGCAGCGAUGCCUGAUUAUGAGUAUCUCAGGUCCAAAAGGUUUCAGUCUGGCUGCGUUCUUUUCUAG